ACACACAUAGUGAGGCCUGUGAGUCUGUGACUGUCUCUGUAUCUAGCUUCAUAUCAUUUUCUCAUCAAUACAUAAACCCCCAUAAAACCCCUCCAUCUACUUGUUGUAAUAACUCAUAUUUUUAUUAUUAUCAUCCUCACUUCAUCAUAAUUAAUAUUUGCUUCUCCUUCUAGAUCUCUCACCCUCUCAUCUUCUUCAAACUAUAACACAUAGUAAUAACAUAUAACUAAAACACACACACACACUCAAAAGUAUUCAACAUCAACAUGGCUGAUAAAGACCUUGAUUUUUCUUCCCACAAGCUCCCCACUCCCUCUCAGGUGGUGGAAGAAAUGAAGGAGCUAUGGUCCAUGGCCUUACCAAUAACAGGAAUGAACUGUUUAGUCUACAUACGAGCGGUGGUCUCGGUGCUUUUCCUCGGGUGGCUCGGGAGCUUAGAGCUCGCCGGUGGUGCACUCUCCAUAGGGUUCACCAACAUUACUGGCUACUCAGUGUUAGUAGGAUUGGCCUCAGGGCUGGAGCCUGUGUGUAGUCAGGCUUAUGGUAACAAGAACUAUGACUUGCUCACGCUGUCACUGCACCGCAUGAUUUUUAUUCUUUUGAUCACAAUAAUUCCUAUUAGUUUUUUGUGGAUCAAUCUCAACUCAAUUAUGCUAUUUAUUGGUCAAGAUCCUGAUAUUACAUCGACGGCUGCUUCGUAUUGUAUUGUUUCGUUGCCUGAUUUGUUAACCAAUUCGUUUUUGCAACCGCUACGUGUUUAUUUGAGGUCACAGGGCGUGACUCAACCGAUGAUGUGGUGCACAUUUGUCGCGGUUGUGUUCCAUGUUCCGUUGAAUUAUGUGAUGGUUGUAGUGAUGAAACUUGGUGUCAGUGGAGUUGCAUUAGCCUCUGUAUUGACUAAUGUUAAUAUGCUGUUGUUUUUGUGCGGUUAUGUUUAUGUUUAUGGGAGGUGGGAGUGGAAAUGGACGGCUGGGAUUGGGGGAGGGGGGGUGGGACCGCUGUUGCGAUUAGCGGUUCCUAGUUGUAUUGGGAUUUGUCUGGAGUGGUGGUGGUAUGAAAUUGUGACUGUUCUUGCUGGAUAUUUGCCUAAUCCGAGACUUGCUGUUGCGGCUACUGGGAUUUUGAUUCAGACAACUAGUCUUAUGUAUACUGUUCCUAUGGCCCUGGCUGGCUGCGUUUCUGCUCGGGUAGGGAAUGAAUUAGGAGCUGGAAAGCCGUACAAGGCCAAGUUAGCUGCAAUGGUUGCUCUAGUCUGUGCUUUCUUGAUUGGGAUUAUCCAUGUAUGCUGGACAUCGAUUUUCCGAGAUAAAUGGGCUGGAUUGUUUACCAAGGAUGAGAUGUUGAAAGCUCUGGUUGCAUCAGUCAUGCCACUGAUGGGGCUCUGUGAGCUCGGGAACUGCCCCCAGACGACCGGCUGUGGCAUCCUACGAGGCACCGCGAGGCCAGCAGUGGGUGCACGCAUUAAUCUUGGUUCAUUUUAUUUUGUGGGCACUCCUGUAGCUGUUGGUUUAGCAUUCUGGUUCAGGGUAGGUUUCACCGGGCUGUGGCUAGGUCUCUUAUCAGCUCAAGUAGCUUGCGCGAUUUCCAUUCUAUACGCUGUUCUGGUGAGCACGGACUGGGAAGGCGAGGCGCUGAAGGCUCUGAAACUUAAUGAAGUCGAAAUGGUGGAGAAAUCCGAGAAUGGUGAAGAGAAUAUCAGGUUCCUGGCAAAGGCAAAUGGCAAUACUAAUUGUUGAUGUUAUUGCCUACAGAAUUGAAGCAAACAAAGUUUCAGCAAACAGAGAAAGAAAUGGAAUGACUAGAUAGUGGGCCAUGUUUGUUUGUUUUUAGGUUCAUUUUCUUGGCCUUUUGCAAGUUUUAGUUGAAUGUUGUGCUUGUGCAGCAUGGGAGUUUUCACAGAUCUUGACAUCUUGUUUGAAAUAUAUUUGUACUAAGAUGUCAUGGAUAUUAACACCAGUAACCACAAACGACUAGACACAUUCUAAACAGAUUUGUACAUAUGAUUUCAAACUUUAGAUGAUAAAAUUUUUUCGAUGAAAGAAA